CGCGUGCGUGUUUAGUUGCGGUUUGGCAGUCGUCGAUCACGAAAGCUGUGCGCGCUUGUGCUGUGAGAGUGUGUUUUUUUUAUUUCGUGCGCUAAAGUUGCCGCGUGCGUACAGGUGAAUGGAGUAGCGUGCAACGGAAGAAGCUGCAUCGGAUAUAUGUGUUUUCUGUGAAUAAGUUGUGUUUUUACACAGUGAAAAUCACUAAACAGUGUGUAAAUUUAAAUCGAGAUUUAAGAACACACAUACAAGCGUAACGCCAAAGCUUUCAACAUGCAGCCAAACAAGCUCGUGUCACACUGUGUGCGAUGGAAUCGGAUGGGCUUCGUCCUGGCCGUGCUGGUGCUGCUGCUCAGUGAAAGUGUAAUUCAGUGUGCAACGCCAAAGGCUCUCGCGGGCAACUCGCACGGUACCAACUGUCCGAACUGCGUUGAAGAAUCAUCUGCACCGCCGCGAUGGACUAUGCCGCUGCUGAAGCUUGGCGAAAAGCGUUACUAUCUCAGCAUUUUCUUCAAGGCAAAUUGGUUCAAGGCGCUGCAGUACUGUCGGUUCCAUGGAAUGCAGCUUGCGAGCAUACAGACGCAGGAAGAAAACGAUCGGUUGGAGAAAUACGUAAAGGAUUACGGUCUCGCCACCGAACACUUCUGGACCUCCGGUACCGAUCUGGCCGAGGAGGGCAGCUUCUUCUGGGUGUCGAACGGUCGACCGCUUUCCUUCACCAACUGGAACGCCGGUGAACCGAACAACUUCCGCUACGAAAACGGCGAGGAGGAGCACUGUCUCGAGCUGUGGAACCGGGACGGCAAGGGUCUGAAAUGGAACGACACACCCUGCAGCUUCGAGACGUACUUCAUCUGCGAGGUCUAAGCGCCCGCGUACCGGACUGUGACUGUGUUUAUCCGAUUGCCCAUACCCCUCUUCCUACUGCACUUUCGAGCUGCUGUGGCUCGGAAGUGAUCAUAGUUCUUGCCGGUUUUUCUUCUCUCAUGCUGUCAUGCUGUGUAUUGUGUUCAAACGAAGUGUUUCGUUCCAAAUCAGUGGGCGAAAUGGACGAAAAACAACAGGCUUGGGGUGGGGUACGGAAGGCGGCAGAUGGUCGUGACCAUUCGGCACCUCACGCACGUCGCCCCUUAAAGUCGCUCAGCUUUUUUACUCUAACGUGUAGUAUUUAUAUAGCUCAUAUACACAUAUACGAGAUCAAUUCCAGUGACCACGAUGGCCGCCGGCUGGCGUGGAGCACGGAGAGUGAGAGACAACAACGACAUAAGAAAACUAGUGAUUUAAGUAAGCUCUUCCCCAUUCUCAUGCUCUGGUUUUUGAAAGCGGUGUUAGUGGUCGCGUGCAGUUAGUAGAUGCUGUAGGUUAUUUUUAAAACACAAUUUAUUCUUUCCUCUUUCUUUGCCUAUUUUUAUGUUCUUUUCCUAAUGAUUUUAGUGAAUCGUGAAUGUCCUCUACUGUUUACUAUCAGUUUAAUGGUUCUGUUUUCUUUCCUUUGUUUUCUUUUUUACCUCGGCAUCUCGUGUCUGUUUCCUGCGCUUGUUCGCUCUCCACCACGUUUUUAAGUGUAUGUACAUAAGGUUUCGCAUUACUGGCCAGCAAUGUGUAGUUUAAUUAAUAAAAGAAUACUUGCCAAAAAGUU